CAGACUUAUGACAUUUCAACAUUUCACCAAUUCACCAAUUCACCGUUUCACUAAUUCACGUUUCACCAUUCACCAAUUCACCGUUUCACCAAUUCACCAAUUCACCGUUUCACCAAUUCACGUUUCACCAUUCACCAAUUCACCGUUUCACCAAUUCACCAAUUCACCAGUUACACCAGUUACACCAAUACCGAUUGGUGAUUGGUGA